AUGGCUCCGAAGGCGGCGGCCAAGAGUACUGCCACGGUGAAGGCUGCGGCCCAAAAGGCGCGGAAAUUGCAGAAAGCAAAGGCAUCACCAAAGUCGAAGGCAAAGGCUGUUCCUGACGCCACUGGAGUUGUGGCCGUGCCAGAUGCCCAGCCAAUCACCAAGGCAGAAAACCAACGGCUACUCAACGUCCUCAAAUACCGUGCAGAUCCUGACAAGAACAAGAAGGGUGAGAAUUUGGCAGAGGCUCAGAAAGUCUUGCAGAAUUUGACAUGGUUUGGACAGUUUGCUGAGACUCGUGAAGAAACCGCCACCACCACCCACAGUGCCACAGAAAGUUUCCUCACUGGGCCAAAAAUCUUGGAGAUGAAUGGCUUGCGCUGGACAGACUAUGCCCCGGAGAAGCAGCAGGAAUUGUUGGAAGCCUUGCUGGAAGAGAGCGCUGCCACCUACAACUUCCAAAGGGCGACGAAAGACCAUGCGAUUCCCGAGCUGGUUCGCUACUUCUACAAGGAGCAAGAAUCGACUACAACGGCUGCUACCAACAAAGACGCUCGCACUUUCCACAUCCAUGCUGACAUGGACAGCUCCCAAAUGUCCAAAGCUUCCAAAGACCAGGUGGAGAUCAAGAUCGAGAACCCAAAAAAACAGGAAUUCGCCACUGCUUUGAAGACAGCCAACCAGGGCAUCAAGCGAUUGGAGCGUCUCUACAAUGAUGCUCAGAAGUUGUCAGCCCAGUUGCAAGCUUCUUUGCCAGAGAAGCACAAAGAGUUCCAGAAGCAGUUGGAUACAUUUUCCAGUUUCUUUACCCAGUUUCGGCUCGUCACCGCGGCUGCCGAGAAGCAAGGCAAGACCGACCUGGCGGAAGAUGUUUGCGAGAAAGAGGGUGGCAAGCUGCUUCACUGGUGCGACCAAGCCGCCCAGCAUAUGGACGAAGUGAUGCUGCUGAAUAAGCGUGCCAGAGGGUGGAUGGCCUAG